AUGGCUGACCAUCCUCAUCAACCUAAUAACCCACCCACGUUGGACCAAAACAAACUCGUCAACCUCCUGAAUAGUCAAGAAAAACCCUUCAGCCCUCCUCAUGCUCCUCCUCCACCACCACCACCACCAGCUCCGCCUCCGCCACCACCAGCUCCGCCUAACCUUCUCCAACUCCAACCACCUAAGAUUCCUUCGUCGACGAUGGGUACGACGUCGUCCUCAUCGGCCUCACCUUCUCCGACUGAAAUUCGCAGCGCCGCCGCUGAGGCUGCCGAGUUGAUGAAGAAGGAGGAAGAGGAGGCUGCCACCGCCGCCGCAAGGAUCUCAUCAUCUCAGAACACCGGCAAUCAGCCGGAAACGAGCGAGAAAAGCGGCCAGCUGGAACAAGCUAGCUCAACAACUACUGCUACAACUGAUCAACAAGCUGAAGAUGGAUUCAUCGAUGAAGAAGAACUUUUCGACAUGCCUAAUUUGCUUGUGGAUAUGGCAGAAGGAAUGCUUGUUAGCCCCCCAAGAAUAUUGAGCUCUCAAACGUCGGAAAAUUCGCCCGAAAAUUCCGAUGUUGAGAGCCUUUGGAGUUAUUUCUGA